AGAUACAUAACAAACGACUGUCGGUUUCUUGUGUGACCACUGACAAGAGUACGUCAGCCUGGCAUUUUGGGAAAGGAAGUGGCGCGAUCAGUCUAGGGUUUUCAACUCGUGCAGAAAAAUUGAAUAUGCAACUCACUCUUGAAUUCGGUGGGGGGCUAGAGCUCCUUAGUAAUUCGGUGAAGAUUCACAAUGUCAAUGUUGAAUUGAAAAAUGGGGCAGAGAAGUUAACCAUGAAAGAUUUGCUUGCUUGGGUUCGCACAAAUUUAAUCAAGGAGAGGCCCGAAAUGUUCAUGAAAGGGGAUUCUGUGAGACCUGGCGUUCUGGUCCUUGUGAACGAUUGUGAUUGGGAGCUUAGCGGGCAGCUUGAUACCACUCUGGAAGAGAAGGAUGUGGUAGUCUUUAUUUCAACCUUGCACGGUGGAUAGUGUCUAGCAGAUUGUUACUGCUUUUAGAUUAUUAGUAAUUGUAGUCUUGUUUGUGAACUUCACCACUAGAGAUGUUAUGUGAAAGUAUAUUUUAAGGCAUAAAGGAAGUAUAUGAGAUUUUUUGCUA